CUUCAAGACUUUUUUAUGUCCAUCGCCGAAAUCUGUAUUUGCAAUUGACGGUUUUUGACGAUGUCAAGAGUGUAUUUAAUGAAUAGAUGUCUUGCCAAAGACUCGCUGAGACCAAUUCAACCCCACCUAUAAAUCUACUCAAGUCAUAAAAAAAUGAACAGAAAGGGACAGCCAGGACAAACAAAGAAGAGGAAUCGUGUCACGGUGGCUUGUACUGAAUGUCACAGGAGGAAACAGAAGUGCGAUCGAGCGGAGCCAUGCAGUGAUUGCCAAGAAAGAGGUGUCCCUCAAAAGUGCCAAUACCAAAAACCAAAAGUCGAGCAAGAGAGUGCUCCGAAGGUUGCAGGCAAGACGGUGGUCUCUAGAUUCAGAAGAAUCAUGAGUGGCGAGGAAGUGAUCAUGACCUCUGAAUCCGUCGCUGCGUUGGCGGACCCUAUGUCCGUUUCCGCACUUGUACCUACAUCUGAACCGGUCAUCAUACCAUAUGCUACCGACCUCCGAUCCCAGGAAUGUCUUGACAGUCUCCGCACUCGACCGAGUGGCUAUGCUUUCACCACGCGUCCAGUUCCCGCCACAGUGGCUAGCGGGCUGAAUUACAACAACUCCUUAAAUAACUAUGAUCCAUUCUCCAUACUACCAGAUAUUAAAGGCGAGCCUUUACCGAAACAGAUACUAAUCAGAUACUAUGUUGAACGAUUGGCGCCCUGGCUAUGUAACCUGGAUGACAGAUUCCGAGGUGUGGACGACCUAGAAAUUAUCCCAGUACCAAAGAUUGCCUGGCUGGGAUAUGCAGUGGAACACACUGCAUUCUAUUAUGCUACGCUGUUAACAGCUGCCGUCCAUUUAAAUCGAAGGAGGAAACUGAAGGAUCCCGGUGCGCUAAUUUGGUACAAAGUGCAUACGAUCCAGCUUGCGAAUGAGAAGAUGAAUGUUGCGGAAGAGGCUGCAAGUGAUGAGAUGAUAAUGACGGCACUUGUUUUGUGUUACUUUAAUGUUGGAGGGAACAAUGUGGAUGAAUAUGAAAUACAUUUGAGGGGCAUCGAUCAGAUGCUCAAGGUUCAAGGAGGAAAAGAAGCUACAGGCAUGAGAGGGAUGGUCAAGAAUUGGUUGGGGGUCUCUCAUGGGCCAUGGAGUCCUGGAUUCGAAUAUGGCGCAUUUGUCAAAGAUACUUAAAAAAGAUUUAUCAUUCAAUUGACUG